GGAUAUAGUUUUAUAAACAAGUUGGAUUCACUAUCAAUUUGUGGGUUCAAUGAUAAAAACAGCAUAAAUUCUUACUUUACAUCUUUAAACUACCAAGAUACCGAUUCUACUGUAUCCACAUCUACUUCAUCAAGUAGUAGCUAUUCUAUGAAAAAAACAAAUAAGCUUUCUUUAUUACCUUAUUUUCAUACUUUUAGCACUAAUAAUUCGACCACGUCUAUUGCCUCAGCACGUUUAUCAGAUAAUUCUAAUCAAUAUUCUUACCAUAAGCGUUCAUUGAUUCCAAGCAAUUCUGAAAAUAUACGAUCCAAAAAUAAUACUAUCUCAAACCUUCAUGUAAACUCGAACUCUUUACCUAAUACUCAACUUUCUGGCUCAGCAGAUAGACAUAAAUUAACAAUGACAACUGAAUCACAAAAUAGAAGAUCGAUAUCAUUCACAACUACACACACAAAAAGUAAAAGUGACUUACCUUUAUCUACAGCAAACAAAAUCCCUCAACCAAUGAGACAAAAAGUAACUCGUAUUUCUGUUUCUCCUACGAGAAGUACAACAUCACUUGGAUACUUAUCUACUCAUAGUUAUUCUAAAAAACCAUCAUUACAAUAUUCAUGUCGAGAGUCAAAUACACCCACAAGGUCAAAGACCUCUAUGGGAGCCUUAAAAUCAGGAAUACCAAUAUUGUCAAGAAGAUAGUAAUAAAUUUAUCUUUUGUACAUGAAAUAAAUAAUGCCUUUUUUUGUUGUUUUU